AUAUGGAGGUAGUUCUUUCUUAAUGUGUCUGUAGUAGUGAUUUCCAAGAGCUGUUUACUUUCGCUGUGCUGCAGCUUUCUUCUGAAGGGUAAGAAAAAAAUCAGGAGGCUGAUGCAGAAGAAGGACCAACUGUUCAUCCUGCUGAGAUGUCUUGUAGUCCAUCGUUAAUAGAACCGGCAUGUUCCAACUCUGACAUACAGGGAACCGCAAAAAUGAGAAAAAAGGACGCUACUUCCAGAUAUUUGGUUCCUCCUUCUGAUGAUAAUGAAAGUGAACAGUCAAAAUCUAUUCAAAGAAAGAGAGUGCUUCCAUCUUGGAUGCUGGAAAGAGAUCUCCUGGUUCAGAGGAUUUCUGAGCCUGUAAUGAAAGGAGGCAGUAGAAUGAAAAAAGGCCAAGGAAGGGGAGAAAGUAAUAUGGGGUCAUUGAAAUCAGAAGUAAAGGCGCAGCAGAAAAAAAUAUUAGCCUCUGAAGAAACUAUAGAGGAUUUUGAAGGUGAAGAGCAAGAUCAAGGGAAAAGGAGCUGUCUUUCCAUCCCUGUCCCUUCGUCUCAGAAUACAUCUGGAUUUCCUCUUGAGAGUACCAUGAGAAACAUGGAAGGAAAUGGCAAGACUGGAACAAAAAACCCUGGAAGUUCUCUGGAAAAAAAUGAUAGGCAGCUGCAUAGUAAAUGGUCUAAAAGAAUAGGUCAGAUCUCCAGUAAAACAAAUAUAACUGACGAAACAGAAAACAAAGAGCAGAUUACUGGUUCUACAAGCCAACAAGCUCACUGGGGCAGGACUUCCCAAUAUUUUGGUGCCCAGGAAGGGAUUCUUGAGCCUGAUGCAAAUCUGGAUUACGAGACUGAGAUUUCUGAUUCAACCAGAAGUGCAGAUGCUUCAGAAAGCUCCAAACAGAUCAAGCAUAAGAGGACACCUUGCAUGUAUGGAACAGGCUGUUACAGGAAGAAUCCCAUUCACUUUCAGCAGUUCAGUCACCCUAAUGAUGAUGACUAUCAUGAAACGGAGAUCGUAAUUCAGGAUAACAAUGAUAACCGGCCUGAAUGUCCAUAUGGAACGGCUUGUUAUAGGAAGAAUCCACAGCACAAGCUAGAAUACAAGCACAGUGCACCUCCAGUAACUGCAAGAGGAACCAGACAACGAACUUCGAAAAACGGAAAAAGGACUGUGGAGAAAGACGGUGCCAAUGAUGAUGAACCAAAUGAUUAUGACCUUAAUGACAGCUUUAUAGAUGAUGAGGAAGAGGAGUGCGAAGCUACUGAUGAAGACUCUGACUGGGAACCAAGUUCAGAAGACAAGGAUAACGAAGAUGUUGAAACACUUUUGCAAGAAGCAUGUAGAUUUGUUAAGACCAAAAAGUAGCUGCACAGAACAUUACGAAUGUCCAAUCUGGUUGUGUUAAAACAUGGAUGUGCAGGGAGAGGAAUUGCUUUGAAAACUGUUUUUUCUUCAGUGAUGUAGGCACUACAGGAAGAUCUUAAUGGGGCCAAGGGGACUCAGCAAUGCCUUUCUUUUCCAUAUGUAUUAUUUUGGUGGGAGUAUUUUCUUUUAUUAAACAGUGGAGCUAGAGGACUGAGCUCUGAAAGUUUUUUGGUUUUUUUCCCUCAUCUUUUUCUUUUGCAACACCAUUGACGUCUCCUAGUUAGAAAUACAAUUUUAAAGGUUGUUAAUGCUUCGUCUUCCUGUGCUUGAGAGAAAUAUUGGCAUUAGGAAAGCCUUUUGCUUUGCUGAAACACAAUAUAUACUGUGUUGAAUGAAGAGGAGUUACACUUCACACCUGCAGGAUCGCAGACUAAUUCUUGGCCAUCACUGGGGAAUCUGUCUAAAUCAUUCUUUUGAGUUAGUGCAGUCUUAAACUUCAUUAGCCUGCUACUUGUUUUCCUUUUAGGUGUCAUUUCUUUGGUUCUCUUGAUGUACAGUAGUUAAAUACAGGUUGUCUAAAUCACUUGAGAACAGUAUCUUAGUAUUGAACCACUUGGUUGUCUCAACAACAAUUAUGGUGUAUUUGCGCUAAUUACAGUAGUACCUCUUUCCAUGCCUGUACAUCACUGGAAUUGUGUUAAGUUCACAACAAAGCUGAAGUCUUGAUGACUGUAUUUUUGCACAAUUAAACUUGUAACAUACUGUGG